AGCUUGCCUUUGUGCCCUCGAAUGGGCUUUUGAUCAUGUCAACGCCGCCGCCAGCCUCACCUUCGUCACUCGAUGGAAUGGCGCCUGUCGGGGGAGAGAUGCCCACUGCUGAACGAGUGCUUGCCAGGUCUCCUGUGAGGUUCAAGAAACAGUUAUGGGACCUCUACUUUACGACCCAACGUCUAGUUUUCAACCCGUCGAGCAACAAUACUCAGACGGAGCCGAUGAUAGUCAUGCUGAAUCUGGUGGCUGGGUUUGUAGCCAACAAGCACAACCCCGUGAAGUCCAACAGGGCUUUGAUCAAACUAACAUACCGGGAGCAUGCGAGUGAAGACUCUCGGGAGCGGGUCAUUGAGUUCACCUCGCAAACACAAGCGUGGGAGGACCAGCACACUAUUCUGGACUUGCUCAAGAGUUACGCUGGAGAUGCUGCAGAAGAGAGGCAAGCGAGGCGACAACGAGCCUUACAGCAGGCGGCUAAGGACAGGGCCGAGUUCCUAGCGAGCAAUAGGGAAAUGAAGGAUCGGUAUGAGCGCCUGGUUACACGUUCGAAAUGCUUGACGGCUGAGGAGUUCUGGGACCGCUACAGGCUGGAGCUACACCUACAUAAACAGGCUAUGAGAAGGGAUGAUCAGGGAGUUCACUCGAGCCUGCCUAUACCGAUCAACUUGCCAUCCCAGAUAGCGAACCCUCAGCAGGGCGAUAAGGGCGUUUUCAACAUCACGCCAGAGACGCAACGAGAAGUAUUCGAGCAAAAUCCGAAGGUCCGCGCCGCAUAUGAGCGCCUGGUGCCGACUAGUCUAAGUGAGAAGGAGUUCUGGACUAAGUACUUCCAGUCGGGUUACUACUACAACUCACAAGGGAAGGAGAAGCCCAAGAACAUACCCAAUGACCCUUUGUUUGAUGCCAUGGAGAAAACCGCUGAUGAAAUCGGCCCUGAUGUGUGGACAGCGGAGUCAAUGGUGAACCCAGAGGUCGGUCAGGUGGAUCUCACUCAAGCCGAGAUGAGCACGGGUCACGCCGAGCACAGUGUUGAGAUGCAACCGCUACCUGGUGAUGCCUUUGCUAGCAAUGAUACCUUCCAGAGUUUACUUCAUCGCUUUAACAGUCAGAGUGCUCGUGUUACUGGAACAGUGCUAAGGUCCGAGCCAAAAUCAUCGUUUGAUGUGGAGUCGGUGGCGAAGCGACGCAAACUGGCCUUGGAUUCCUCGGAAAGCACAGAACUGCCGGAUUUGCGUCAGGAGGAUCACGAUCAUGAUACUCGAUCGAUGGCUAUAAACAAGCUCAUGGCACGGUAUGCUACCAAUGGAUCUCCUCCGGGUUCUCCCAAGGAGGCCAAAAUGGAGGUUUCUGAUGAAGCGUGCGAAGCCUGGGCUCAGGCUCUGUCUAAGGAGGGCUGCCCGCCUGUGCUGUCGAGUCAUGAGGUCCUCACCAAGGUCGACCAAGAGACUAUCGAGUUGUCCAAGGAGUUGGUCCAUCUCGUUGGGCCUGGUGGAUCUGUCAGUGGUCCCGGUCUAGUCGUGCCCGGCGUCCGCAUCUGGGAGAACGAUGUGAUGACUGCCGGAGGUCAAUCACGGGUUGACCAUGGUGCCAUCAAUGUGCGAACUAACCCUGGCAGCAAGCUGUAUCGGCGUAUGGCUGACAGCACAGUGAACGUCGAGUUAGACCAACUCCUCGAACGAGUGCGAGAGUUGCUCUCGCACUUUUGGGCCUCGGGGAUCUCCCCACAACAGGCCGAAAAACGAGAUAGAGUUCUGAAGGUGCUGCUAGCUGAGAAGGAUGCGAUGGAGUCGUGGAUGACCCGAACGCCUCCAGAGUGGCACGCCACCUGCCGGUACAUCAAAGAAGCCGUCGAAGAAGCACAUCGAGUGGCUGUUAAGUUCAAAUGA